GUACAGCCUGGCGUGUUCACUAAAUAACACCAAACCUCAUGUCUCCUAGUACCGUAGUGGUUGGGCUUUAAUGGAAUACCUUUUUCAUUUUCCUCAUUAUCCUAUUGUUUUCUGAACCAUCUCCACCCUCUUUAUCUUAGUAGUAAUACUCUCUGCAGACUAGAAAUGCAUUGUCUGUGGCUAGUUUAUAAUUCAUUUGCUAUAGGCUUUUUUAUGAUACCUUGAAGACACUGAAAGCUAGAAGUCCAUUAAAGUAAAAGCACAUUGGUGUUUAAGGAUUAGGCUGUGAAUACCUGCAGUGGAAAGCCAAAUAAGGACAGGACUAGAACUAUGUUUUGCCAGCUGCUGUUGCAGGAUGGAUGUAUAUAAUUAGCCUAUAAGGUGUUAGUGAAUGUUCAAGAAUUAUGCAAUAUUCCUCUGAGGUUUUGAAAGGCUAAUGAAACUUUUUGUGUUAUCUCCUUUGGCAAACUUCUAUGUUAGCUAUUCAUACCUUCUUGAAUAUGAGCUAUUAGCUAUACUGGCUUUUUAUGGUGUGCAGGGUGGUGAGAGUAAUUUAAACAAUAUUUAUAUUCAUCAUUUGAUUCUUCUAUUGCCAUGCAAGUGUUUUUGUAUCCCUGGUUAAAGGAAAUUAGCCUCUGGAGUCCAAAGAUAAUAUAUUAAAUGACUGGGUUUAAGACUGGGUAAGUGAAGUGAGCCUGUGGAGCUGCAAUACAGGUGUAGAAUCUUGCUUGAGUCACUCUCAUAACCUUGUUGAAUUGAAUGAAAUUCAAUGUGCAGGAUUUAGCCCGUAGAGGUAAACUUAGAAAAGAUUAAGUAGGUGAAGAAAUUUGGGAUUGAUUAGCAAAGAUCAUUACAAGAAUAACAAUUGAGGAUUAUCUUUCUACUGUAAUUUUAAAUGGUGGUGCACAUUUUCCUCAUCUCUCCUUCAAAUUUCGUGAGCUGGGUUGUCUUAAUUACUGCACCUCAUGUAUAAUAUUGUAAAUCCCUGGAACUGGCUUUUUGGGACUCCUAGAAACCUGUUGACACUGAGGAACAAAGCAGACUACAACUGAUAGUAAUGUCUAGAAUAUUUUUCUGUGUCAUUCAGAAGAUCCUUUGGUGUUAAUUUGGGAUAUUACAAAAGUAAUGACUGAUGCAGUUUCUCUGUAAGGCAAAUUUAGAUACACUUGUAAUCUGGAAACCAAAAAAUCUGCUUGUGAUGGCUAAUUCAAGGCAAAGAAAGUGACGUCUCUCUUGCUUUAGUUUCAUCAUGGGCAUUUCUUGUAUUUCUUUUGUUAAGAGAGAAGAUAAAAAGAGAACUUCAGUUCUGCUGUUUCUUAGAUUUCUGUAAUGCUUGCAGUGGAGUGAUUAAUUAUGUUUUUCACUCUGUUUCUUUCUUACAGUAUCAAGCUUUUGGCUGUGCAGGAGCUGGCUGACAGAGAAGCACUGGAAAAGUUUUGUAUGGAGCUGAACCAGCCGACGCUGCCAAACAUCCGCAAGUGGAAGGGCCCUAGAGGAUGUUGGAAGGGUGUUGUUUCCGAAAAACCCUCAGGCCAGCUACACAAGGGAGUUGAAUAUUCUGGCUUCCUCUGGGAUACAACAGCUGGCAUUGAGUUGAAAUAUGCCUCAUCUCAGGAGGCUGCACAGAUUAAUGGGAAUGGGAGGCACUCAUAUCCUCAUCCGUAUCUUGCACAUUUCAAGGUUGGAAUGAAUGAUCUGACUGUGGUUAACCUUCACCUGGCCUUGCCACCCUCUGCAGGAGAGAGCACUGGGAAGAACCACGACAGCCACAAACUGGCAGCCUGUGCGCAGAGUUUGCAGGAGACUCUGAAAGGAGAAAAAGAUGUAAUAAUCCUUGGAGACUUUAACCAGGCCCCAGACAGCAGCGACCAUGACAUCCUGAAGAAGGAGAAGUUUCACUAUCUGGUCCCUUCCAGCACCUUCACCAACAUCAGCACAAAGAACCCACAAGGGUCCAAGUCACUGGAUAACAUCUGGAUCAGUCGGAGCUUAAAAAAGAUUUUCACAGGCCACUGGGCUGUCGUGCGAGAAGGGCUUACAAACCCAUGGAUCCCUGAUAACUGGUCCUGGGGUGGGGUGGCUUCAGAGCACUGCCCUGUGCUCGCUGAAUUUUACCUGGAAAAGGACUGGAACAGAAAGGAGGUGACACGGAAUGGGAACGGGAUAACGGUUGAACACAACGACUCCCACACUAAGCAUGAACGAUGACAUGAACUUGAGGGUACCUCUUCUGCUCCUGGCCACUCACAACUCCACAACAGGGCAGGACUGCCUUCCCCUACCUCUCCUUCCUUCUCUCUUCCCUGCACUUAGAAAGUAUCAGCACUUGAUUUUGGUGGUCCUGGCUUUGUGCCCCUACUGGACAGGUCUGGAUGGAGUCUUAUGGCAGCAGAACAAUUUGCAAGCUUUUUCCAGGGACACAGUGGACAUUCCCAUGCCUGGAGAUUUGGAUAAGAAUUGCACAGAAAAUAAAGUGUACUUUUAAUACUG